GAGCACAAAAGUAGAUCUGAUGCACAUAAGGCUUCAGAUGUGUCCCAGCAUGGGGUGCCCACGAUUUCGUUCGACUUCUCCUUCACAGGAAGAGAGGAAGGUGGUAAGGAUAAGCUUGUUGCGCUUGUUGUCAGAGACAGCUUCUCUGGUUGGAGGGAAGCAAUUCCCGUUGCGCGCAAGGGAGGUGCUACCUCCAGAUCUUACCUCGCCAGCGAGGUCACGCGACUCUUGAAUAUGCUAGGGCAUGGCACCGUGAAGCUGCGCUGUGAUCCAGAAUCUGUGUGCUUAGCCCUGAGGGAUGAAAUCAUCAAGCGUCGUUCAAAGUUUGGGCAUCGCACUUUGUUUGAUCAAGUUGCUGAAGGUGAGCAUCAAAGCAAUGGCGGGGCAGAGGCAGCAGUGCAUCAGACUCGCCUGCAGGCUGGAGUGUUGCUUUCGCAGUACGAGGCCAGGAGUGGCAAGUCUGUUCAGACGACUCACCCACUGCAUUCGUGGUCCAUGCGCCAUGCGUCGUGGCUUUUAAACCGGUUUGGACAAGCCCGGUCUGGGACCACUCCGUUUGAGGAUGUCAUGAACACCACAUACCGUGGCAAAGUUUGCAGCUUUGGCAUGUCUGUGCUGAGUUUAGCCCGUGGGACUGCUAAGGGUCGUCCUAGUUGGGUUAAGUCAAUCUGGCUCGGCAAGAGCGCCAGCAGCGAUCAGCACAUCACGUGCACAGCCGGAGGCAAGCUCCUCCUCACCCGUUCCGUCAGGCUUCUGAAUCCUCAGUACGAUGCAACAUUGCAUGAUGCAGUGCGUGAUCAAAGCUGGCAACAUCCAGGCCUCCUUGCUGGAACUGUGGGCAAGUCUGCUACGCAGCGUACCAAGGAAGUCACCGACACUGGUGAGUUUAGUGCUGAGGCCGCCGCUGAUGGCGUAGGUGCAAUCACGCCUCUUGUUGUUCCCCCGCCUGGUACUCCCGAUGAAGCUGGUACGGAUCCUUCGUCUGACAAGGACAGCAGCAGUGGCGGGGAUGACCAAGACAAUGGGGGUGAUAAUGGUGGUGGUCUAGGUGAUGACACAGCAGGCCGUGGUGUGAAGCAUGGUCUUGAUGGCGGGGCUGGCGGGGCAAUUGAUGCCCUUGAGCACUAUGAUGAGACCCUGUAUGAUUUUGUUCAAACAGAGGAUGAUGAUCGUGUGAAUGGUGAGCAACCGGCGAUAGAUGAAAUUGCCGAAAAGUUUGAGUUGCAGCGUCUUGAAAGUCUUGGAGUGAUUGAACCGCUUCGUGCUGAUGAUCCCUUCAUUCAGAAGGCCAGGCUUUUGAGUACAAAACAUGUCAACACAUGGCGUGUGAAGCCCAGUCCAGAUGAUCCCUCUCAUGACUGCUACAUGAGACGAUCGCGCUUUGUCGCGAGGGAAUUCUCCUGGCUAGAGCCAGGGCGCGAGCAGCUGUUCAGCCCAGCCUCGAAUCAGCUUCUGGUUCGUAUCUUACCUUCGCUGCACAUGCGGAGUAAAUCUUGGGUAAGCAUGUCACUUGACAUUACAGAUGCAUUCUUGACUGUGGAGCAAGCCAUUGAUACCGUUGUCAAGACAACUGUCGACGGAGUCGUCCAGUACUUUAAGCUCUGCAUGAUGUUGCCAGGGCAAAGGGACGGGACCAGCAAUUGGCAUGAUGCAUUCACAGGGUUCUUGAAGGAGCAUUGUGACAUAGAGUGCUUUGCACCAUGUCCCGCAUUGGUCGCAACCCGCGACCGAGGUGCAGCCCUGCUCAUCCAUGUGGAUGAUAUCUAUGGUUCAGGUUUGCCUGAGAGGCUGAAGCAGAUCACCGAUGCCAUAUCCAGCAAAUACAAGUGCAGCAUCAAGUGGCUAGCUGAGCCCGGGGAUUGCAUAUCCUUUCUUAAGAGAACGUAUGAGCUGGUUGGUGAAGGUGACGAGCAACUGCUUGUGAUCAAGCCACAUCCGCGUCAUGUUGAAAAGCUUGUGAAGCUUUUGGGCCUUGAGAACAGAAAAUGCAAGUCUACACCAAUGCCUGCGUCUGAGCAUCCAGAUCGGGAGCCACUUUCCGAUGAGCAAUCAUCCAUCUUUCGCAGUGCCACAGGUAUCUUGCUUUAUCUUGGCCCAGACAUUGCUGAGGCACAAAACGCCAUCCGAGUUCUCGCCCAGCAGAUGUCGGCACCGACUCGCAGCGGAAUGCAUUUGCUCAGACAUGUUGUCUGUUACUUGAAAGGGGUGACACAACAUGCUUUGGCAUUUAAUGUGGCGCAGGUCGGAUGUGGGAUUACAGCACGUGACAAGUCUCAGGAUGUUCUUGAACUGUAUACAGAUGCUGAUUGGAGUGCUGACAGGCAGACAAGGCGCAGUGUGUCUGCAUCCGUGCUGGCCCUAAACGGGCAUGUCUUAUCUACUACGAGUCGGACGCAAAAGUCGAUUUCUUUGUCAUCUUGUGAGAGUGAGUUUAAUGCUUAUGUGAGUGGGAUGUGUGACAUGAUUUACGUCUCCAAUGCCAUAGAGUUCGCAGUAGGACAUCCGAUCACACGAUGCACAUUUAUAGAUUCGACUAGUGCCAAGUCCUUAGUGACCAGACAGGGCGUGGGGAGAACGAGACACCUUGAUGGGAAAUUUCUAUGGGUGCAAGAUUUGGCAAAGGAUCUUUACAUGUCAAUUUCGGGGGUGAACACCGCCCGAAAUGUGGGCGACCUAGGAACCAAGGCGCUCAGUCGGGAAAGAAUCAUGUGCCUCUUGUACCUGCUUGGUGUUGUUGAUUGCAGUCGCGAUUUCGAACGCGUUGGGUUGUCUGAACACUCUGAAAUGGAGUCGAGGCUUGCGGUGAAGCAACAGAUCAGGCGGCUCCAGCAGCGCGUUUGUCAGGUGUCGCAGUCUCAAGUGAUGACCCAGGCGCUUCGCAUCGCGGUUGUUCUCCACGAGCUUGAAUAUGCAAACGCCUUGAGCCUUGUGUUGAGCCCAAUCCUUGAAGGAGCGUGUUUGUGGAAUGCAGUGCGGGUAUUGCUUAUCUUGAUCGCUGGAAUUUUCUGUGCAACGAUCUUGAAAGGUUGUGAAUCCGAGAGUGCGCUGAAUGCUCAGCUGGAGCUAUGGUUCUACGAGCUGAUUGGUGCCGUUGUCGAGCAUCCAUGGGCUGCAGCAGCCACGGCUGCCCUGCUCUUUGCAUUGCCUUGGGUCAUUCUGCUGUUGCAGUGUUGUUUGUGCAGCCGAGUGCAUAAGCUUGAGGUGACCUUGGAAAGUGGAAACAAGAGUGCAGGAAGUGAGCCUUGUUCUGAUGUUCAUGAUGAUGAUGGCGAUGGCCCCGGCGAGCCAUCUGAGAGCAGUGCAAUGCCAGCGAGCCCAACGCCAGGUGACAGCAGUACCUAUAAGCCAUAUGCACAUUCGUCUUCAAGCAGCAGUGCAGCGCAAGUGCCAGCAUCCAGUACCGAUGGACAUGUGAAGCCAGCAUCUCUUGAUGUGACGUCACCGCCAAAGCCCAAGCCGAGGGCGAAAGCAAAGCAUGGGGCAUUUCAUCAGCCGAAUGAAGUGUCAGUGUAUGUGACGUUCCGCAGGGGAAAGUGCUUUCACUUGAAGCGUGGAUGCAGCGGACUGAAUGGUGCAGACAACAUCGAUCGCAUUGGCCUUGCUGAAGCCCGAACUCGCGGCUACACCGCAUGCCGCAUUUGCGCAAAGGCCUACUUGUGA